AUGUCAGGGCAAAACUACUCCAGGCCUACCGAGUUCCUGUUUGUUGGCUUCACAGAUUCUCUCCCUCUCAGAGUCACGCUGUUCUUCAUAUUCCUCACCGUCUACUCUUUAACUGUGGUGGGAAACAUGGGCUUAAUCAUUCUAGUGAAUACAGUUUCAAGCCUACAAACCCCUAUGUAUUACUUCCUUGGCAACUUGUCUUUCCUAGACAUCAGUUACUCCACAGCAAUCGCCCCCAAAAUGCUGGCCAACUUCUUGGCUUCCAGAAGGAGCAUCUCUUUCUAUGGCUGCGUGGUGCAGAUGCUUUUCUUCGCUUGCUUUGCAGACGCCGAGUGCCUCAUCCUGGCCGCGAUGGCCUAUGACCGGUACGCGGCCAUCUGCAGCCCCCUGCUCUACUCCAAGCUGGUGUCUCGCCGCGUCUGCCUGGGCCUCAUUGUGCUGGCCUAUUUCUGUGGCAGUGUCACUUCGCUGGUGCACGUCUCGCUCACCUUUCGGCUUCCCUUCUGUGCUUCCAACGUGGUCAAUCAUUUUUUCUGUGACAUCCCUCCCCUCCUGGCUCUGGCCUGCUCAGACACCCACCUCAAUGAGCUGCUGCUCUUUGCGUUAUGCGGCACCAUCCAGAUCAGCACUUUCGUAGUCAUAUUCAUCUCCUAUGUCCGCAUCUUUCUAACCGUGCUGAGCAUCAAGUCCUCAGGAGGCAGGAGCAAAACCUUCUCCACCUGCGCAUCCCACCUGACAGCCGUCACUUUGUUCUAUGGGACCCUGCUGUUCACGUACUUGCGCCCCACCACCAGCUAUGGCCCGGACAGUGAUAAGGUCGUGGCAGUGUUUUACACUGUUGUCUUUCCUAUGUUUAACCCAAUGAUUUAUAGCUUCAGGAACAAGGACGUGAAGAAUGCCCUUAAAAAGCUUUUUGAAAGAAAAUGGAUUUUCAAAUGA